UUCGCUCAGGUGAAACGAGAAGAAGCACGCCAUUGUUUAGGGCCAUGAUUUGUUUGAAGGGAAUAAUAACUGUAUUUUGAGGUAGCUACCAACAUUUGCUGACAAAGGGAAAAUUUGUCUGCCUUUUCUUCUUUCUUUUCUUUUUAUCUUUAUUACAUAACUUUUGCCAGGAAUUUCACUGUUUAGUAAAGAAUCCUGGAGUUCUUGAUUGCUUUAUAUGGGGAAUCUUGAAAAGAACAAAGUGAUUGAGACAAAUGAGCAAACCAGUUAACAGCAGAAAUGAAACAAGUGUCCAUGUCAAAAUUGUGCUUUUCCAGGAUGAUGGUUAAAUGAGGCGAACUCCUUUCCCACUACUUUACAAGGGAUGAGGGUUUCCGAUAUUGAGUCGGUUGCACGUGCAGUUUUGCCUAAAUUCUACUCCACCGAUUUGCACCCGGAGGCUUUUCGGGUUUUCUCAUCGUGCGGUCAGAAAUGCGUGCUGACAGCCAAUCCUAGGAUCAUGGUUGAGGCUUUCUUGAAAGACUAUUUAGGUGCUGAUUUGGUUUUAGGUACCGAGAUUUCGACUUUUAAAGGUAGAGCCACAGGGUUUGUUACAAAACCUGGAGUGCUCGUCGGCGAGAAUAAAGCACACGCCCUUCAAAAGACGUUCACCACUAUGAAACCAGAAAUCGGACUCGGUGACAGAAAGACCGAUUUUCCCUUCAUGAACCUCUGCAAGGAAAGUUACAUGGUUCCGAGGAAACCCGAAAUUCGCCCCGUCAGCACAGACAAGUUGUUAAAGCCAAUAGUCUUCCAUGACGGGUGUCUUGUCCAAAAACCGACACCCGUAAUGGCACUAUUAAUCAUCCUAUGGAUCCCAAUAGGCUUUGUCCUAGCAUGCCUACGUAUAAUGGCCGGUUCACUCCUCCCAAUGAGUAUCGUUUACUACGCAUUUCGAGCGCUCGGAGUAAGAGUCACCGUCAAGGGGGGGCCGCCGCCCCCACCGGAGAAAUCUCUAGGCCGAAGUGGUGUCCUCUUCGUGUGUUCCCACCGGACCCUACUCGACCCGAUUUUCCUCUCCACAGCACUCGGCCGCCCUAUUCCAGCUGUCACAUACUCGCUAUCCCGAUUAUCCGAAAUCAUAUCACCCAUCAAAACAGUGCGUUUGAACCGUGACCGAGUCAAAGAUGCCGACAUGAUCAAGAAGUUAUUACAGGAGGGCGAUUUGGUCAUUUGUCCGGAGGGGACCACUUGUAGGGAACCGUUUCUAUUGAGAUUUUCAGCACUUUUCGCGGAGCUAACGGACCAUUUAGUACCCGUGGCGAUGAACAAUAAAAUGAGCAUGUUUCAUGGUACUACCGCACGUGGUUGGAAAGGGAUGGACCCGUUUUACUUCUUUAUGAACCCGAGCCCGGCUUACGAGGUCACGUUUUUGAGUAAGAUGCCUGAGGAGCUGACAUGUGGCGGCGGGGAGAAAUCGAGCCAUGAGGUGGCGAAUUGUAUACAAAGGAUGAUUGCUGUGAGCCUUUCGUAUGAGUGCACUGGUUUUACUAGGAAGGAUAAGUAUAGAGCCUUGGCUGGAAAUGAUGGUGACGUGGCUGAUAAACCUAGGAUUGGUGCUGAUAAAAUUAUGGGAUGCUGAAUGAAAAAUGGAGCCUUUGUUUAUGAACAGUAUAACAGGAUUAACUAAUUUUUACCCGUUCGGGCCCGUUGAUUUCGGGCCAUGUCCAAGUUUGAUACGGGCCGAGUUUGAGCCUAGCAAUUUGCUUCUUGAAUAAUAUCAACAAAUAUAAAA